AUGAAGCUCCUCCUUGCGGCGCUCGUGGCCUUGGCCGCUGCCGACGUCUCGGAUGUCAAUGAAUGGCCGUCCAUCGAGAACGACCACACGAAGCUGCAGAUCAUCCUGCCCGAGUCGCUCCAGAUCAAGGGCGGCUACGUCCACAAGGACGCGCUCUUUGGGUACCCGGGCUACUCGGUCGGGUCGCUCGAGACGCAGCUCAUCUACCUCAACACGUCGGCGUGCGAAGACUUUCCCAAGGGCAACUGGGAGCCGCCGUUUGCGCUCAUGAUUGACCGCGGCGACUGCGUGUUUGUCGAGAAGGUGCGCCGCGCCCAGCACGCUGGCGCCCGCGCGGUCGUCGUCGCCGAUAACAAGUGCCUCUGCUCGGACAUUGCGUGCAUGCGCGAGACGGGCGACAACUUUUGCGAGACGGUGCUGCCGUUCAUGAACGACGACGAGUCGGGUGGCGACAUUACGAUUCCGUCGAUGCUCAUCCGCAAGAGCGACGCCGAUGCGAUCAAGAAGGUCAUUUCGCACUCGAACGGCGUGAGCAACGUUAUGGUCAAGUUUGACUGGGGCAUUCCGUCGCCGGACGGGCGUGUCGAGUGGACCAUGUGGCAUAGCUCGUGGGACGAGCAGAGCGCGAUUACGCUCAAGACGACGGAAGACAUUGUCCUCGCGCUUGGCGAUCGUGCGUUCUUUACGCCCCGCUUUGUCGCGUACAACGGCUCCCGCGUCGGCUGCAACGUGGUCGACGGCCUCGACCCGUGCGGCAACAUGUGCAUCAACAAGGGCCGCUACUGCCUCAUGGACCCGUCGCCGUUCCACGACCGCAUGUCGGGCGCGUCGGGCGCCGACGUGGUCAUUGAGAACUUGCGGCGCAAGUGCAUUUGGAAGCUCACGUCGAAAGAAGACGCGGGCGUCGGCAAGAAGUGGUGGCGCUACGUCAACGACUUUGGCGACGAGUGCAACCAGAAGGAAGAGACGUUUAUGAACAAGCAGUGCGCGCUCGGCAUCAUGAAGAAGCACGGGAUUGACGCCCACGCUGUCGAGCAGUGCAUGCAGCCCUACGGCCGCGACCUCGACGUGGUCAACAACAUGCUCGAGGCCGACCUCAAGGAGCAGACGGCGCUCCAGCUGCUCCGGCUGCCGGCGCUCUUUGUCGACGGCGUGCACGCGCGUGGCCGCAUCGACACGAGCGGGAUCCUCAACAUGAUUUGCGCCGGCUACGGCACGCACGACCCGCCGGCCAUUUGCAGCUGCUCGGAUCAGAACCCGCUCGCGCUCCUCGGCUGCGUCAAGCAAGGCGGUGCGCUCGACGCGAGCAGCAUCAUCCAAAACGGCGUGAGCUUUACGACGCUGAUUGUCAUUUUGACGUUUGCAGGUAUCGGCGUUGCGAGCGCCGGCUACGUGUACUGGAAGCGCAGCCAGCGCCAGAUGCGCGAGCAGGUGCGCAGCAUUUUGGCCGAGUACAUGCCGCUCGACGACCAGUCGGACGAACUGGACGGGCACAUGCACCCGGCCGCGGUCGCAGCCGCCAAGAGCCCGCGCGGCUACAUGCCCACGAACGGCUUCCUCAUGGACGACGACCAGCUGUAA